CGUUCUUGCAGUAACUUUAUCUCAGUUUGCACUUCAGUGUGAUACAGACUAACUACAAGUAACUCUCUCUGUUCAAAUACUGAUGUAGGGUUGAGGGAAAGAAGAGAUGCAGCCUAGAUUUCGAGCGAUAUUAACCCAAUGCCAGUGGGUCAGAGGGAGCUGGUGGUUCUGAAGACCGUCCACUCAUCAUGGCUCAUGCUACUAUUUAUGUGGGUCCCCAGUUACUGAGACGUGCUAGCAGAACUUUUUCCACUCAUCCUGCAUUGGUGGUGUUGAGGCACUCUGCUUUUUGUUACUGCACAGUGAAUGGCACAAUAAAAUCAAAAAUGAAAACGGAUCAUCUAGAGAGGACAGCAAAUAAUUUUCGCCAGGAGGUUAUUUCACAAGCAAAAGUGUGUGGGAUCACCAAUGAAUCGGAAACAGUCAAAAGACUUCGUUUGGCUGUUGCAAAUAAAGACUUUACUUUCAAAGCAGGACAGUGGGUUGAUUUUUUUAUUCCUGGAUUAUCUGUAGUUGGAGGAUUCUCAAUAUGUUCAAGCCCUGGCCUGUUGGAACGAGAAGGAAUAUUAGAGCUGGCAGUAAAGCACACAGAUCAUCCUCCUGCUCACUGGAUUCACACUGAGUGUACUCUUGACUCAGAAGUGGCUCUGCGAGUGGGAGGUGAUUUCUUCUUUGAUCCUCAGCCUGGUGACUCCCCUGUAAAACUAGUGCUGAUAGCAGGGGGUGUUGGAAUUAACCCAUUGUUUUCUAUACUGCUGCAUGUAGCAGAUCUUCAGGGAUGCCAAGAGAGUAAAGGAAACGGUGACAAAAUAGGAACAGCGAAGCUGUACUACAGUGCAAAAAAUACAAGUGAACUCUUAUUUAAGAAAAGUAUUCUUGGGUUGAUGAAUGCAUUUCCUGGAAAGAUCACAUGUCAUUUCCACGUCACCCAGCAGAGUUCACAGAUCUGUGAAGAACUUCAGCCACAUGUUACAGAGGGAAGAAUAUCUGAAAAGGAUCUAGAAAAACACGUAUCUAAGGAUACAUUAUGGUACAUUUGUGGUCCACCACCAAUGACAGAAUCCAUAUCCAAAUUACUAUCAGAUAUUGGUGUUCCUAGAAACCGUAUUUUCUUUGAGAAAUGGUGGUAGUGGCACCUGCUGAACAGAAUUAAUUUUGUUUCCAGUGUAUUUUGAUAAGCUGAAAUGAACAGAAAUGGACUAUGAAUUGUUUGGAGGAUUUUACUUCAUACAUGAAGAUCCUGAUGGUGUUCCCUUAAUUUAACUUUAAUACACCUGCUGUAAUACAGUGCUGCUGAUUCUGGGGGGAAAAUUAUUUUAUAUUAAAGACAUUAACUGUU